CAUGCGCACAACGCUCCGUGUACCUCAUCUCUGUGCUGCUGCCCAGCCUCCAAACAAGCGACGAGCCACUAGGAUCUCCACACGCUUGCCCCUUUCCUAAAGCCCCUGAAGGUCAAAGGUUGGGUCCUGCAAUGGGAUGUGGUCUCUCUCAGAUGACUGAAGAGCUAAAAGAGAGAGAAACUGAAAAGCAUAAAGAGAAAUCAAAUUGAAAAUAAGUCUGCUUGUGCAGAAUAAUUAAGGCCCCUUUCCCCCCCCAUUAAGCUGUUUUCCCCUUCUUUGCCAAAAUGUCAACGGUUACUUCAGCAACCCCAGAGCCUCCUGCAGUUGCCAACCCUCCUCCGCCUGAAGUGACUAACCCUACCAAACCUGGCCGCAAGACUAACCAGCUGCAGUACAUGCAAAAUGUAGUUGUAAAGACGCUGUGGAGGCACCAAUUUGCAUGGCCGUUCUACCAGCCUGUUGAUGCUGUUAAGCUUGGUCUUCCGGACUAUCACAAGAUUAUAAAGAGCCCAAUGGACAUGGGCACCAUCAAGAAAAGACUUGAGAGCGUGUACUACUGGAGUGCAAGCGAGUGUAUGCAGGACUUCAACACAAUGUUUACCAACUGUUAUAUAUAUAACAAGCCAACAGAUGACAUUGUGUUGAUGGCACAAGCAUUGGAGAAGAUUUUCCUUCAGAAAGUGGCCCUAAUGCCUCAGGAAGAGGUUGAGCUUCUUCCUCCUGCUCCGAAGGGUAAAGGGCGCAAACCAGCUGGACCUGGUCAGCAGGAUGUGGCCAUCUCCUCUGGCUCGCCCACUUCUGUUUUCCCUGAUGCCACCUCACCGAGUUCAGAGACUGCGGUCGCAUCUCCAGCUCCAGCUCCCACGAUCGCCCCUAGCUUACCAGCUGUGCAAAAUACAACUGCUGCCUCUGUGAUACCCACCAUGCCUCCGUCGCAACCCAUGGUCAAAAAGAAGGGGGUAAAGAGGAAAGCAGACACAACCACCCCUACUACCUCUGCCAUCACCGCGAGCAGGAGUCAGUCGCCCACCCCUCCUUUAGAAGGCAAAGAGGGAAAGGUGGCUUCCAGGCGAGAGAGCACUGGUCGCCCCAUCAAACCACCUAAAAAGGAUUUUGAAGAUGGCGAAUUAGGAGUGCACGGAGGCAAAAAGGGCAGGCUUUCAGAGCAACUCAAGUACUGCGAGGUCAUCCUUAAAGAAAUGCUCUCCAAAAAACACGCUGCAUAUGCCUGGCCCUUUUAUAAGCCUGUCGACGCGGAGGCUCUUGAGCUACAUGACUACCAUGACAUCAUCAAACACCCCAUGGACUUAAGCACAGUGAAAAAAAAAAUGGACAGUCGAGAGUACCAAGAUGCACAGAGUUUUGCUGCAGAUGUCAGAUUAAUGUUCUCAAAUUGUUACAAGUACAACCCACCUGAUCAUGAGGUGGUCGCUAUGGCAAGAAAGCUGCAGGAUGUCUUUGAAAUGCGUUUCGCAAAGAUGCCUGAUGAGCCAGUGGAAGUGGCUGGGGCAGGCGGUGUAGGCGGGGCCGGUGUGGUCAGUAAGAGUACUGUCAGCAGUGAGAGCAGUGGUGACUCUACUUCUGACAGCUCCGACUCCGAGGAGGAGAGGGCCACCCGGCUCGCCGAGCUGCAGGAACAGGUGGGUGCGGAACAGUGUAUCUCUUUGGAGCACCCCAUUGGUAGCAGACAGGGGAUAAAAAACGGGUGCACCAAGAAUAAUCAGCUGAAAGCUGUCCACGAACAGCUAGCUGCUCUUUCUCAGGCCCCCGUAAGUAAACCAAAGAAAAAGAAAGAGAAAAAAGAAAAGGAUAAGAAAAAGAAAGAGAUCAAGCUCAACAAAUCCAAGCCAGAUGAGAAAAGCAAGCCAGUACAGCCACCGAAACCAGCCCAGCAGAAAAAGGGCCCUGCCAGAAAGGCUAACAGCACUGUUCCAGGCAACAGGCAACCAAAGAAGGGUGGCAGAGGGCCAGGCUACGAGUCUGACGAGGAGAUGUCACUCCCCAUGACGUACGACGAGAAACGGCAACUGAGCCUCGACAUCAACCGACUUCCUGGAGAGAAGUUGGGUAGGGUGGUCCACAUCAUUCAGUCCAGAGAGCCUUCGCUGCGGGAUUCCAACCCUGACGAAAUCGAAAUCGAUUUUGAGACGCUCAAACCUUCCACUUUACGUGAACUGGAGCGAUAUGUCAAGUCCUGUUUACAGAAGAAACAGAGGAAACCUCCACAAAAAGGAGGCUCGGGCCCCUCUCGGCUCAGUGGCAGCAGCAGUUCCUCAGACUCGGGCAGCAGCAGCUCCAGUGGCUCCACUUCAGACAGCAGUGACUCCGACUGAACACUUUUUAUUUACUUUUUUUAUUUUAAAAAAAACAUUGUAUGCAGUCAAGGUUAUUUCUCCUCUGAGACUUUUUAUAAGAAAAGAGACAAUAAAAUUGCAUCAUGUCAGAACAUUUUUUUCUUUUGGAAAUGUCAUGAAGAAAACAGAUAAAAAAGCAAACUAAUAAAUUGCUUUUUAUUUUCACUGACACUGAAAGGGAUGUCCAAAUGUCAAUCUUCAACGAGAGGAAGUCUUGAAGCAUACUUUACAGUUCCAGUUCUCUUCUUUGGUGUCCUGGUAAUGUUGUAUGUUGCCAUUGCAAACUAAAGCCAUCCCAUCUCACCAGAGAGUGCGGAAAACCGAAAGCUCACAUUCUUCUCUCCACCAGUCUGUUGUAUUUAUUGGUGUUUUUUUUUUUUUUUGUUCUUUUUGCUGUGGCCUCAUAUUUUCCCCAUUGGGCGCUGUGCCAUUAUUGAUACUUUUUUUUUAUUAUUAUUUGUUCCUUGUAUUAUUGUCCUCUCAUAAACUAAAGUGUCUGAAAAUCAUGCCUUUCCCAGUAGUCACAAAUCUUUUAAACGGUAUGGGGAACAAAUUGCUUUAAUUAGCAUAACAAGCUCUUUAAAGUUAAUUUGGCCAUUAUUAUAGCUGUAGAAUAACUAUACAACAAUCACAUACUCUCCAGCUAAUGUAUGUAUGUAUGUAUGGUAGAGGAAAAUAUUUUCAUGGGAAUCAAGUAGAUUUGAUGGUUUUCUUCAGAUGCUUUGCAACGAUGUGAACAUGUAAAUCAGUCAGCUGGAUCACAUGCGGACUUCCUGUUUUAUUAAACGUCUUGGUCAGCAAUAAAUAUACAGAGUUCCAAAUAGUUUCACCUCUGACUGGCAUUUGUACAUCAGAUAACUUUGAAUGAGGCUGGGUGUGUUGGUUAUGUGAAUAAUGACACCUGGAAGCAGUAAAUGUUAUCUGUAUUUUGACCUUUACUGCCAUAUUGUUAUAAAUCAAAUGACGAUGCAUUUCUUACUGUUUUGACAAUGAUAGUUAAAUCACAGAGUCUUCCUCUUCUCAUGCUCUUGCAAAAUUGAUUCAUGAAUGUAAGUCUACAGUAGAUCUUAUAAAUAGUACACAGUUCCAAUCAUUUGGGUUUUGAUUGAGUUGUUUUCCCUUAGAAGUUUUCUAGCCAUUCCUCAUGUCGAUUGCUUUUCUAUCCAACAAUGCGUUUGAUAAUUUUCGGAUGUGUUUGUAAGAUAUUGUAAUGUCCUCUCUGACUUUUUUUUUUUUUAACAGUUUAAGGUAUUGUAAAGGGAUCUGGUGUUUGUUUCAUUUUCUGAUACAUUUGGUUUAUGAGCAGCUGUUAAGUCUUUUUAACCCGUUGCAAAGUCCCCUCAUUUUAUAAUCAUUUUGACAAAGCCAAGAUUCAUGAGGGACAUGUAUCUUUCAGACUAAUUAAAACACUAAUAGUUGUAGUCAAAUCAAUUAUUUUUAAAUUGUUAUCAUGGUACUCAUGGUUUCGUUGUUGUCUCUUGUUUGGGUGCGCACGACUGCAACACUUCCCUGAAUCACUUUUGAGUGUCUGAUACCAAGUCCAGUUUCUUUUAAUGUUUUCUUUUAGAUACAGACUGAAUAGAACAAAAAUAUAUGACUAUAUAGAUAAAAAAAAAUAUAUAUAUUCACAAACUAAUUUCAUUUUAGGCCCUGUUUUGAAAAGAAAGUUUUUUUAUAUUUAAAACAAAAAAGUUUGCUUUUUAUCUUUGACAUGCAUGCUGAUUUAUUGUAUUUUUCUUAUACAUAUUUUUUUGAGCUGUUUAUAGUUAUACUUAUGUAAAUGUCAGUCAACAAAUUCAAGAAUACAGUGUGAGUAGAUUUAGGCUUGUUUAUUGCGAUACGGGCCAGAGGUUUGAGAUGUUGGGUUGGAGGCAGUAGUAGAAGCUAACAUUUGAUGUAAUUGGAAUGUCUUGUACACCGGGUAAUUUCUUUUUUCAUAAAAUAAAUGACAGAAUGCCUUUA